AUGUUUAAAAAAACAUCGGUUAAGGGAUCGAAGCGAAUGAGGGUGAACCCUCACGGUGCAUCAUCCGCCGACGAGUCCGGUAGCUCGGCCGCAGAAGGGAAGCGGAAGGUGGUGAUGACUGAAGAAGGCCUUCAGCAAUGUACUGAGUUUUCUGACUCCGUUGCUGACUUGUUGAAGGUAUUCAGCCGUUCACUUCUUAGGAAGGUAACGGCAGAAGUCCAUACCAGCUUACAGCCGGUAAUGGAAAUGCCAGCGACGGUGAAAACCGUGCUGGAGAAGGUGAGGAUGAGCUCCACAGCCCGGGAAGAGGUCGUGAAAGCCACUAUGGAAGCUGCCGAUGGUGUCGCAGAGCUCUUCUGCAAUAUACAGACGUUGUUCGAAUCGGACUUAGAAUCUGAGGAAGUGACAAUAAAAGGUGAGGAAGUAGCUAGUGAGUACGCUGUGCUAGAGGCGAGAAGGUACGCCUCGCGCAAGCGUAUUACACAGCUCAAGGAAGUGUGUGAUAAGUUGUCGACGGACUGUGCGUCUCUCACUACUGAGAGGGACGAGUUGCAAAAAACAGUGGACAAGAAGUGUGACGAGUUGAGGAGUCUGAGGGCGGAACUGGAGGCGCGUUAUAGUGCGCCUCCUGACCCCCCCGCGGACGACCCGCCGCGCGCUCUCGACACUGCUGCGAUGUCGCGCUUAGAAGCCGUCCUAGAUUCCCGUUUCGGGGAACUGGACCGGCGACUGAGCGCUAUUGAAGGUGGCAUAACCGCGCGGCCGCGCGCCGCCGCGGCCCCGCUGCAGACGACGGCACCGCGACGCGGCGCACCGCCCGCUCCGCCGCGCCCCCCGCCCGCCCCGGAGGCCGAGGCCAGAGGCGUAACUUACGCCUCAGUGCUUAAAGAUGUGAAGGACAGGGUAGACAUUUCCGACCUAGGCAUAGAUGCAGUGAAGUUGAGGGUUACGGCUACCGGUGCGCGGCUGUUACAGCUCCCGGCAGCCACUAGUGACGAUAAGGCGGGCUCCCUAGUGGAGAGAGUGAGAUGA